AAGGGAAACUACUAAGGAAUAAAAAUGGCGGUUGCAUUAGUUAGAGGUCGAGCCUCUGCAAAGUGUUUUUCACCGCAUCUGUGGAAGUCUGUUCGUCAUGCAUCAAAAACUGCAUAUUAUGUUUUGUAAGUAUUGAUGGCUAUCUUAAACUUUAACUUUAAAAAUAAUCCUCGUAUCACGUGCUUAAGGAACUAAAUCAACCGAGUACCACCGGGAUGCAUUUGUAAUUUUUUUAUUUGUCAAAUGAUUUGAUGUCUGAGGCCGAGGAAAUGAGGUCUUUCCAAAACACAAGUCACAAGUCAACUGUCAACAACACUAGAAUUACAAUGAGUGAAUGACUAUAAAUAGAAAUAGACAGUAGUCGUAGUAACAUUAGAACUUAGUACAAUAAUAAUUAUUACUGAGACUAUUAUUUCUUAAAAGUUAAGACAUAGUAAUAUCAUAGUAUGGACAUUUUAACAUUUAUUUAUAAAUUAAUAUUUAUUAUUUAUCACUGACUAAAUUGGCUGGCUCAGCUCAGACUAGAAAUCAUCAUACUAUACUAUACAUAGUAAAUAAAAUCGAAGUGGCUGCUUGCACCACUGCGUUUUACCUAGCAAAACCAUGGUCCUAAGCCUGCGUACACUGUGGCGGUGUACCUAGCAAAAUCAUGACCAUGGUGCCAUGGACCUAGGACACCAUGGCAAAAAUGUACCAUUGGCCUUAGCCUUAAUUUAAGAUAUGCCUGUUACUGUUAGAUAAGAUCUUGUGUGGUCUUUUGGUAGAGUAGACGCUAGGUGAUAUCGUAUUUUAUGAUCAAUUCCCAAAAGGGGAUAGAAUUUAACAUUUUCCGUGCCCAUGGAACAACUGACAGCGGCAAAUCCAAGAGAGUGGGAUUGGCAAUAUUUGUUAUCAAAAACUAAUAACUACUGUAGCAUCAACAACAAUACAGUGCAACAUGUGGUCUGUAUGCCCGCCAUGGAACUACUCUGCAUCACUUUAAAGCCAUUUUACCUAUCUAGGGAGUUCACCCAAAUCGGUAUCAUCCUCACUUACAUUCAACCUAAUGCUAACAAGCUUCAGGCUAUUGAUAGACUUUUGGAUGUAAUCCAUGAAAACUAAGACUCAGAAAGUCUGGCAUUCAUCGUGCUCCCCUUGAAGUCACAAAUAUUAAUUGAGAUAUAAUAAUUCCCUGAAAUGGCUAGGAGAAUUCACUGAAUGGCUGUUUUUUUGUACUAGUGAAUUAAUAUUAUGUGGAUGUCUCGUGAUCAAAUUGUUUUAUUUAUGUGCUGAAAAUGUACAAUGUAAUCAAAAAGCAUUUCCAUUUGUUUGGAUCAAUAAAAGAAUCUUAUCUUAUAAAAGUAUUUAAAUAUUUUAAAAUUCAUUUCUGUUUUAAUUUCAUGGGAAUUCUUUUUUUUUGGAUCAAAAUUUAGGGGUAAAUUUUGCUCUUGAGUUAAAGGGAACUAAAUUUAGGGGUUAAUUUACACAUAAGUUAGGGAUACUGACUAGCAUUGAGGUUAGGUCGAGUUGUAGAUUUUAUGUUUUAAGUUUUUUCUCAAAAAAUGUUUUCCUUUCAUUUUUAUGUUUCUUUUGAAAAUUUUUAGUGUUUUUUUUUUCUUUACAAUUUGAUACGUUUAACUUUUAUUAUUCUUUAAUGUUUAAUUAUUCUUUAAUGUUCUCAUUUAUUUGCAACGGAAACUUCAAAAAAUAUCUUUUUAUAUGUUUCUCUUUUUAAAAAAUUACCCAUUCUUGUCAUUUUCCUUAUUUCCAUUUGUAUCGGCAAGUAGCUAAAACACACACUCCCUAUCCCCACCCCCAGUGUUUUUGCUCUACUUUCACACAUCUGGUGUCGUGGCAACAAAGAUGGUGGCCGAAAAAAAGUAUGCUAAACAUGAGAAAAAAGGGACCCCGAUUGCGUUCAUUUACCCAAAGUUCAAACUUUGGGUUUUUGUGAGAUUUUUACAUUUACAUUGUACAAAGGCAAAGGCUAAAAAACAAAAGUCCUCCAUUUACAAAUGCUUUGUAUCUUUGCUUAGCUAUGAUGAAGUUUUUACUCUAUUCUUGGAAGGAUCAUGUAAGAAUCAUGUAAAAUAUUAGGUACUUAUUAAUGGAUCAAGAAACACAGGAGACCUGUUAUCAGAACUGAGGACUGCUCUGUUCACUACAUUUAUUAUUCUUUAAAGACAUCCACACCCUAUCUCCAUUUUCAAAAACAUUUUUUAGAAACGUGAUAAUUGAUAAGCAUCAUAACCAUGCAUUUAACUUAAGCCUAUGCCUUCAAAUAAGGUCUACUGCUUAUUUAAUUGAUGGUGCACAAUGUUAAUUAGUUUUAUUAUUAUUAUCUCAGAUUACCAGAGGUUCCGCCUGAUACAGCUGAAACUAAUGCUGUUAUGAGAAUAGACCAACUUCCACAGUUCUCAGAAAUAACAGCACAAAAGUGUGUGGCAGCUUGUGCCAAAUUUGCCAUUGAAUAUGAAACAAAGUUGGAAAAUCAUGCUGAAAACCUAAAAAGUGUGAAGCAUUUUUAAAAAUUCAGCCAUUUAAAUAAUAAAUUAACAUAAUAACGUUUUUGCUUUUUUAAUUUUGUGCCAUGGAUUAUGAUUACUCGUGAUAAAGGCCUCUUUCUCUCAAAUGUAAUAUUAGUUUUUAUAAUUAAAAAAGGAUAAUGUUAAAAGCAUUGUUUCCCUUUAAUAAAAAAUAUUUUUUUUACUUUGCUAUCAUCACAUUAACCAAUCUUUGAUUAUUUUUUUAUCUAGACCUUAAAAAGGGUAAAACCUUUGAAGAUGUUUACAAUCCGCUUGAAGAAAUAGCAGUUCCUCUCAACACUGCAUGGGCUACUGUAAAGAAUCUGAACUAUGUCUCCGCAUCUGAAGAUUACAAUAAGGCAUUUUCAAGGGUAAAUAGUCCACUUCUAUAGAAUGGUUUUUAUUCUACCUUUAACUCACUCCUAGCUUACACACUAUUUGGCUCCCUCCUUAUUUCCCACACCCACCUUUUGCAGUUAAUGUUUUUUCAGGGCACAAAGCAACCUUAAACCCAUACAACAUGACAUAAAAUUUACUGCUAAACUUUACUGAUAUUUUUACAAAGCAUAUUGAUCUUCAAUGAGAAAAAAAUCCUGAUGUUUUAAUCUUCUUGGGAAACAAGAUUUAAAAAGCAUAGCUUUCCAAAUCCUUAAGAAGAAGAUUUUAAGCAAGCUUAUUUUCUUAGUUUUAACCCUUCAUUUAAUAUGUGUCAAAACAUCCAUUUGAGAACAUAGAAAAAGUUAUUUUUAAAAUAGAUUAUGAAAAAGAAUACAUUUCCCAGAACAAAUCUAAUAAUAUUUCUGCCAGUUUUUCCAGAUGAUUUUUAUUAUGCUGAUUAUCAUGUUUGUAUAUUUUCUUAAAUAUCAGGUUCAUCCACAAAUUGAAAGGGCUAAAAAUGAAAGAUGGGUUAAUGAGACAUUGUACUAUGCAUUUAAAGUAAGUAAAGUGUAUUACUUAUUUGUGUAUGUGUGUAGAGCGCACAUUUUCCAAACGGGGGGGGGGGGGGGGGGGGGGGGGGGGGGGGGAUUCAAUGUGUCGUCAGAUAACAAUUUUUUUGGGGAUAACCAAACCGAGCAGCAGAAGAUUUUCAUUAAAGAAGUUAGUGCAAAGAAAACAAAAAAUUUUGUACAGUGUAUUAACCAUAACAAACUGUGCAUUUAUCAGCCGAUUGAUGUCAAAAACCUGUGAGGGCUUGUCGUUUCUUUUCUAGGAAAAUAUGUACUUUCGAAAAUAGAUGAAUGGUGCUUAGAAUAAUAUGCCAGCUCACUAUGUCAUUGCAUGUUCAGUAAUUCCCUAGAUUUUACCAGGAUUGUGUGACAAGGGUGUGGAUUGUUUUCUUGUGAUUGUAUGAUAAUAAUAAAAAUAAAAGAUGGGCUGUUUGGAUAAUCAAGGAUUUGGAUAAUGGGGUUUCAAAAAAUCGACUCUCUACAGUACAAUAUAUAUAUAUAUAUAUAUUGAAAAAUUAGGGUAAUAAUUUUCUUUUAUUACACUUUUUUGAGGUUGAAAUCAACCGUUACUAUUUCAAUUAUGAUAGUUCUGAAUCAUAAGCAAUAGGAAAACCUUCAUACAUUUCAAAAUGUCACUGGAAAAUGUUAAGUUAAAAAAGCAAAUGUCUAUGGUGAUCUUAUGUUAUAAGAAUAAAGUCAUUGUAUUUGAAUUUAUUCACUAAAUGUGCAUAAAUCGUUUUCAUUUGAGAGGCUGUCCUGUAUCCCACUCAGCAUUACUAAGUGGAAAAAUUAGAGUCACUUGAAUAACCUUAUAUUAUUUAUAUAUAGGCCUAUACUUGUUUUGUGACCUAUGUAAUUUAGUCAGAUGGUGCAAGGACUCAUUUAUUUAUAUUUGAGAUUGUCUUCUAUAAAACAAUCAUAAGAAACAAACAAUAUCUUCAAACUCAUCACUUCUCCCAAAGCUGUAGGGAUAAGAUCUUUUUCAAAUAAAUAUGCUGAUUUAAUGCUUAAUAUUUUUCAAAGUACACAGAUGCAUACUAUAUAUUAUAAUUCAAGCUGAUACAUUUAGUCCUUAUGGGACUUGUCAACUGGUCACAUGGGGUUAAAUAUUUUACAGCCACAUUCUGCUAUAUGAUUAUAUAGAGCAAAUAUCAUUUGUAAUGUAUAAUGGCUUAUUGUAAUGUAAAAUGUAUCACCGGUAUUAGAUUAUUUAAUAACUUAAGUUGAGAAAUUGUGUAUUGGAUAGACAUAAUAACUCAGAUGUUAUUUAUGCACAUUUAAAAUUCACACAAAAAUAAUAAAAAAUAUCUCCACUCUGACUCUGACUUUUCACACUUUCAUAAAUAAGCUGGAAAUGUCGUUGAUCCAUAAAUUUUGACAAGAAAGUAAAUGCAUAAAAACCUGUUAUUGUAUUUAGUUGGUGAAUUUUUAAAUUUGAUGGAAAAUAUAUCUAAAAAUUGUUUAAACUAAAGGUUAUAUCAUUAUUGUACCACAGGAAUUAGAUGCCAACAGCAGUAAUCUCAAUGAAUAUCAAAGGAGGCUUGUUGAUCUUUAUUUACUAGAAGGAAAGUUAAAUGGAAUGGAAUUGCCUGCAGCGGAUAGAGCGCGGCUUGUUGACACUGUUAAGCUGAUAACUCAAGAAGCAAGUAACUUUAGGUAAUGUAUUUAACUAUCAAUUUUUUUCUUUAAAAUACCUGAUACCAACAGAUGUGGUGGAAGCCCAAAAAGCUGAAAAUUAAUGUCAGAACACGUAUGGUAAUAACGGGUUUUAAAAAAAAAGAAAAGAGUUUGCAAUAACUAUUUUCUUAUUCUGUGCAUCCACUGUAAUUUCAGGAACAAAGUUCGUAUUUGUACAGAGAUGUUUUCACAUGAUGUAACAAACUUUAGAUGCCUUGAAGAAAUGCCAUGGCCUUUACUUGCACAGAUGUCUAGGGAUAAGUAAGGAUUUAUGUCAAGUAUAAGUGAUAAAUUUGAUCUUUAUAUGUGUUGCUAUUUGUAAUAACUAAGAAGGUGCCAUCUUAAUUUCAUUGUGAAAAUCAGUUAAAUAUAAUUUAAAGUCUAAUUUUUUUCUUCUUUAAAAUGUAUAAAGUUUCGUUUUAUAAAUUAUUUAUGGGUAAAAUUAAGAUAGCUUUAAAUUUUCAUUAUUUGCCCUCAACUUUUACAGCAUAUGCUUUUGAAAUGGAAUCACCAGACAUUUUUUUUUUGUAGAGAUAAUCCUACUAGGGGUCCUUGGAGAGCAACACUGCAGCCUGCCAAUUAUCAGUCUAUGAUGAGCUACUGCAGCGAUCGAUUAACACGUUGGAACUUGUGGCAUGCAUACCACAAUCGUGCUUCAUUCAUGCAUGCUUCAAAGUUUCUCAAUAACAACAAGCUUAUAGAACAAUUGAGAUCUCAUCGGUACGUUUACUUUCUGUAUUUAAUGUAGCUAGGUAAAGUCAUUUGAAAUCUAUAACACCUGCUUUGUAAUAAUUUAUUCUUGAAAAGAAUUAUGUUGCUUUAAAAAUCACAAAAAGGCAUUGACAUUAAUAUCAAUAAAGACAUUAGUGUUGAACAGAAAUUAAACUGUUAUACUUUUAAUGAGAUAAAGUGGAUAAAAAAGUAAGAUAUUAACUUCCAACAUUUCGGUAAUGUUCCUAAAUAUGACAUGUUUUCCCAGAUGUUUUUGAGCUGUUUAAAAAUGAUAAUUCACAAGCUUUUCACUCAGUUAAUACAGGACAGUUAAAGCUAUAAUUUGUGCAUUCCAGUAGUUUCUCAGAUUAAAAAAAAAUAAUAACUAAAAAUUACAUUUUCGGUUGUUAGUUUUAACCUGCUUUCUACAUCCAGCAGUGAAUGAAUCAAGAAAUAUGAUUGGUUGGGGACCAGAUAUUACUUUUGUUCUGAGAGGGGAAGGUGGUGGUGUUGAUUUAGGAGAAUGGGGGGGGGGGGUGUUCUAAAUAUUUAAGUCUAUCAAAUUAAAACCGCCACAUUUUUAUGAUGAUGGGGGUGAUGGUCAUAUUGUUGCUUUGUGUAAUUUCAUAAUUAACUCUCCAGAUACAGUAAUUUUUGUGCAUGUUGAUCUGAAUUCAAGUUUGAACCAUGUUAAUGAGGGGAAGGUGGUGGUGUUGAUUUAGGGGAAUGGGGGGGGGGGGUGUUCUAAAUAUUUAAGUCUAUCAAAUUAAAACCGCCACAUUUUUAUGAUGAUGGUGGUGAUGGUCAUAUUGUUGCUUUGUGUAAUUUCAUAAUUAACUCUCCAGAUACAGUAAUUUUUGUGCAUGCUGAUCUGAAUUCAAGUUUGAACCAUGUUAAAUUUCACCAAUAACUUUUCUAGUGACAGACUGUGAUCUGCACAUUCAUUCAAUAUAAACUAAUAUGUAUAGUAAAUACACGUUUGCAAAGUGACAGCAGAUUGCAAAAUAAUCGUCUGUCAUCUACUUUUUGAAGUAACCUUUUUUGACACCAGAUUAAUUCAAUCCCAAUAGACAUGCAAUGCGAAUAGUUAUUGUAUGUGUAAUUUAUCCUAUAUGUUUAUUUAUGUCAUUUAUGUUCUUAUAGAAAAUUUUCUCCUAAAAUAGUACAAUAUUAUCUCAAAAUAGUACUAUUACAGUAUCUUAAGAUAUAGUACUAUUUUAGGAGUUGGAGGGUAAACAGUAAUCUUAUCUUGAUUAAAUGCCACACAUCAUUCCAUGCAGACUGUAUGCUUGAAAUCAAAUUAUGUUUUACCAUAAUGGAAACAAAUUUUUUUGUCAACCUGCUCAGACUGGACUUGGCUCAGAUGUUGGGAUACAAUAAUUUUAUAGAAAUGUCAAUGGAAACAAAGAUGGCAAAUUCAGCUGAAAAUGUUCUCAAUAUGAUUGAAACGUAAGCAUAAACAUAUUAACUAAGUAUCUAACAUGUGUAACUUUUGCAAUUAUAACCUACAAAAUGAACCAUACAUUAAAUUUUGUUUAAUCGUUCAAGUCUCGACUCUUGUAGUCCUACUGAUUAAUAGAUCUAAAAAUAAACUAUUUCUAAGAAUAUUAUUUCUGAAUUCUGACGGAUUGAAUCCAAUUUGUUAAUAUCUUUUUAAUUGUCAUUCAUUGAUAACAGAAUAAAUUAAGAAGUAUGUAAUUUGUGAUACCAGUAAAGUAGUUCUUUUAAAGAAAAUGUCACAUCUCAACCUGCUCAUAAAGAAGUAAUAAGUUGCCAUAAACAUGAAUUACUUAGGCUCAAGGGAAGGUUUGCUCCCAUUUUAUGGGAGGAGACGGCACAGUUACAGAAGUUUGCACAGUCUGAGGGCUUCACACACAAACUUGAGAUGUGGGAUCUUAGCUACUGGCAAAGGAGACACAAAGAACAUCUAUAUGGGUAAGUGAGGGAUUGAAAGUCUAAUUUCACAAAGAACACCUAUGUGGUUAAGUUAGAGAUUAAAAGUCUAAUUUAGAACACCUUUAAGGCUAAGUUACGCAUUACAGGUGUUUUCAAUAAGCCACAAUUGUUGGUGGCAGGUGAAUAUUAAAUAAACACAAUUUUUAUAAUAGUUUUUCAGUCUGUACAUUUAGUGUCAAGUUUUAUAAAACUUCAGUCAAAUAAAAAUAAUUUGAGAUAAAUGAACAUAAGCCACUCCUACCACAUGUGCUGAUCCUCUCAAUGAGCCACAUGUGCUGAUCCUCUCAAUUAGCCACAUGUGCUGAUCCUCUCAAUUAGCCACAUGUGCUGAUCCUCUCAGUGAGCCACAUGUGCUGAUCCUCUCAAUUAGCCACAUGUGCUGAUCCUCUUAAUUAGCCACAUGUGCUGAUCCUCUCAAUUAGCCAUAUGUGCUGAUCCUCUCAAUUAGCCACAUGUGCUGAUCCUCUUAAUUAGCCACAUGUGCUGAUCCUCUUAAUUAGCCAUAUGUGCUGAUCCUCUCAAUUAUCCACAUGUGCUGAUCCUCUUAAUUAGCCACAUGUGCUGAUCCUCUUAAUUAGCCACAUGUGCUGAUCCUCUUAAUUAGCCAUAUUUGCUCUACUUCCAGGAUGCUUAUUGCCUUUUGCUGAAUUUAAUUUUGUUCAUCUUGCCUAACUACCCAUCAAAAACUGCUAAAAUUAAUGCUCGUGAGAUUAAUGCUUUUUAUGAAGGAAUCCUAAUUUUUUAAUCUUUUUUUGUUGUUACCGAAUUACAAGAUGUAGAUGUUUAUCAUACUUAAGCAAGUUCUUGAGAAGUUUAUCAUCAAGCUUAGAUGAACUGUUGAACAGACUGACAUAGUAUCAAUUGAAAUUCAUUAAAUUUAAUACUUAAUUAACUGACUUCACACAAUCUUUUAUUGAUUUUUAACUGUAUUACCUGAACAUUUUAAUGGAAAUUAAUGAAGGUAUAAUUGUUUGAACUAAUUAUUAUAUUCUAUUAAAACUCAUUUAGGGUUAGGUAUUUCUGUUGCAUGGCAUCGUUGUAUUUGGGAUGCCAAUCUCUUACUGUUUCUCUGCUUCACGGUUUCACAAUAUUUGUUUAGUUAAUCUGUUUUAUUUAUAAAUAUCUAAACCUUACGUUUAUUAUGUUAUAAUUGUUCAAAUUAACCCAUUAUAACCUAUUAUGACAGGGAAGAAAAGGACAAAGUCUCUGAAUAUUUCCCUGUGAACACAGUAUUACUGGGACUGUUUGAUCUCUGCACAAAGUUAUUUGGUAUCAAUUUUGAGGUUAGUGAUGAAAGUUUGCCUUAAAUUGACCACAAAGAUAUUCCCAAUAAAUAUUGCUUUUUAUUGAAUUGUAAAAGUGUGGUCUCACCACAGAAUUAAAUUUUAUACAAAUUUAAUAUGAAAAAUCAAAUUGCGGUAAUAUUUUAAAAAAUAAUUUAUUUGAGAUUUUCAUUUUAAAAAAUCAUUCCUUGUCUUAGGAGGUAACCCCUUCAGUCGAGCUGUGGCAUUCUGAUGUUCGGUUUUUCAACAUUAUGGAUGAAAAUGGUAUGCACUAUAUUUUAUUUUUAUUUUACUUAUAUAACUAAUGGCAUGUUAAACACACACAAAAUUGAUUUUUUUUAAAAAAGGAAGAAUUGUCCCUCACAGUGAUUUUAUUGUCAAUUUUACUAGGGAAACACAUCAGCUCCUUUUAUUUUGAUCCAUUUUCAAGACCAGAGAAGUCAUCUUCAGUCUACAUGGAUGUGGGAAGGGGUAAGUCAAACUUAUUUGAUACUGGAAAUGCUUCUCUUCAAAUUUUUAAUGUAAUGCUAAUGAUUACCGUACAUCAAUAUGAUUGCAGGAGCAAUAUGUUCAUAAGUUUCACUCACCGUUACAGAGAAAAGUGACCUUUUGAAAACAUGGCCCUACUCUUAUCUGUCUUUGAAGAUCCCACGUCCCCCGACAGCAUCGGAUCCAGCUUUAAUGAGGCUUGAGGACUUACAGUCAUUAUUUCAUGAGGUUGUUGCACAAUCUUUAAUUAAAAAUCAUAGCUUUGUCAUCGGCUUAUUGUUCCUGUUCCUUUGUUGGGGCCAGUUGUUAAUAUUUAUAGUUUGAAAUUAGAUGUUGUGUGGAAUGUUUUGAUCACGCUUUUUUAAAAUUUCAGUUUGGACAUGGACUACAGCAGAUGUUAACUAAAGUGCCCUUCAGUGAAAUAUCUGGUCAGAAAAACAUUGAGUGGGAUGCCGUACAGGUGUGUGCCAAGUUCAUGCGUCAGUGGCUAACGAUACCCAGUGUAGUCAAAUCACUGAGUGGACACUGGCAGACCAACGAGCCUGUGCCUGAUGAAAUCUUGCUAAAUGCUCUGAAAGGUGGGCCAGUCACCUGUUAAAUCUUGUAAAAACAGAUUUUAUGGCUGUUACAUGCUCAUUUUUCUAGGGGAUUGGAUUUUCUGUUUGAUUUAUAUACAUCGAUUUUUGUUUUUAGCAUGUUUACAUGUUACAAUUUUAGUAUGAACUCUCAACUUAUAUUUAUUUUAUUUUUUCAUUCCAACAGCCAGUCACUACUCUUACAAUUUUGACAUGAUGUAUCAACUCUAUGUUUCUGCGUUUGACAUGGAAAUUUAUAUGACGUAAGUAGAAUUAUAUCUGAGACUUGUGUUUUCAACCUGACUGUGGAAACAUGCUAAAAACAUCAAGUUUGGCUAUUUGAGAGUUUGCUAUAUUGAAAGAAUAGACACACCUUGCUGUUUUGCUCAGUUUUAUCAUUUCAUCUACAAUGUAAAUAAAUUAUUCUUUUAGGCUGGCUUUAUGGAGUAUACCUUUACCAGGAAAUAAAAUAUGACCUUAAUUUGGGGAAUUGAUUGGGGUAGUGUUUAGGGACAAUUAAGAAAUUAGACUUCUAAUAGCUGAUAAACCCCUUUGGUUAAUCUAGACAUAAUCUUGCCAUUAACAGAUAAUUAUUAGGUAAUACCAUUCAGAAUUGAUCUUCUCCUUAGCGUACAGCCGCCAUAGGUAAUGACUAUGAUGACCAUUUAGAUGUGAAACUUGUUAAUAAAUAGUCUACAAAAAUUCAAUUGAUAUAUUAUUAUUUUGACCAAAUUUGCCAUAAAGCUCUUUAAACCUCAUAACAUUAAAAAUAUGAUGAAUAUAUAAACCGGUGCAUGAGUUAGCCAUUGUUGGGGCUAAAUGAUUUGGUCCUAGUCUUUCCAAUGUAAAAUUUGUUUUAUUUGUCAUUAAUGAUUGUUAGUUAAUAAUGGCUGGGACUAAUAUUGAACAAUGGAUAAAAAAAUUAGUAUUUCCUUUACAUGUGUAAGAAAGUAGAAUACACUCUCAGAGAUUAGUUUCAAUUACACCAAUAUUUUAUGUCCAAACUUAGAAUAAACCCAAUAGAAAACCAUCUCACAGAUUAGUUUCAAUUACACCAAUAUUUUAUGUCCAAACUUAGAAUAAACCCAGUAGAAGACCAUCUCAGAGAUUAGUUUCAAUUACACCAAUAUUUUAUGUCCAAACUUAGAAUAAACCCAGUAGAAGACCAUCUCAGAGAUUAGUUUCAAUUACACCAAUAUUUUAUGUCCAAACUUAGAAUAAACCGAAUAGAAAACCAUCUCACAGAUUAGUUUCAAUUACACCAAUAUUUUAUGUCCAAACUUAAAAUAAACCCAGUAGAAGACCAUCUCAGAGAUUAGUUUCAAUUACACCAAUAUUUUAUGUCCAAACUUAGAAUAAACCGAAUAGAAAACCAUCUCACAGAUUAGUUUCAAUUACACCAAUAUUUUAUGUCCAAACUUAGAAAAACGCAAUGGAAGACCAUAAUGACUCAAUUGUGGGAGAUGUUUUUGCCAAUACCUCUUGAUGACAAGGAUAGCCUCCCUUGCUCCAUGACCCCUAUAUUUUGCGAGAUGUAUCCUGCUGCAUAUUAUUCACACAAGUGGUCAGAGGUAAAUUCAAUUAAUUCAGCUAAUGAUGAGGAGUAGAAGAAAAACUUUGUUCAACCCUGAAAUUUAAAAACCAAUUUGGAUUUGUAUGUUUUGAACAGAUAUUGCUUGAUUGAAGUUUUUAAUGACUUUUGUUACAUACCUUGUUUAUACUAGGUUUUAAAACCUUCACCUUGGUCCAUCCUAAAAAGUGUGAGAAAACAUUACUGACUGUUGCAUUGGACCAUUUCAUUACUUUUGAUUAUUGUUGUGUUAUGAGUAUGUGACUAUAUAGAAUGAAAUUAACAAUUGCUUCUUUUAGAAAUUGUGUCUUACUAAAAAACUAUUCUUUUAAAAUAUUGAUAUCAAUCAACUUGUGUUCAAACCACAGAUGAUUGCAGCAGAUCUUUUUGCUGCUUUCAAGGAAGUCGGCUUUCAAAAUGAGCAGGAAAUUAAAGUUCUUGGAAGAAGGUUAGAAUUAUAGUGAUAAUCUUAAACCGUUGCAUUUUUUCUUGUUCCCAAAGCAUUUGAUCAAUGUAUAAAACUUUGUAACAUGUGUAGUGUAGCUUCUGAGCUAAAAUAGCCUUUACAUUUGACUUGCUAGUUUUGUGAAGCUUAUCAGAUACAUAGAAAUUCGUUUUUUUUGUGUUAUUAUUGAGUCAAAGGUUUAAAUUUAUUUAAUGAGAUACAAUGAAAUAAUAUUUUAAAAGCUACCAAAGCAGAAGUAUGUUACCACUAUUCUGUAAAUGUUGUGUUACCACCAUUGUGUAAUGUUGUGUUACCACCAUUGUGUAAUGUUGUUGUGUUACCACUAUUCUGUAAAUGUUGUGUUACCACCAUUGUGUAAUGUUGUUGUGUUACCACCAUUCUGUAAUGUUGUUGUGUUACCACCAUUGUGUAAUGUUGUUGUGUUACCACCAUUCUGUAAUGUUGUUGUGUUACCACCAUUCUGUAAUGUUGUUGUGUUACCACCAUUGUGUAAUGUUGUUGUGUUACCACCAUUCUGUAAUGUUGUUGUGUUACCACCAUUCUGUAAUGUUGUUGUGUUACCACCAUUCUGUAAUGUUGUUGUGUUACCACCAUUGUGUAAUGUUGUUGUGUUACCACCAUUCUGUAAUGUUGUUGUGUUACCACCAUUCUGUAAUGUUGUUGUGUUACCACCAUUCAGUAAUGUUGUUGUGUUACCAAUAUUCUGUAAUGUUGUGUUACCACCAUUCUGUAAUGUUGUUGUGUUAUCACCAUUCAGUAAUGUUGUUGUGUUACCACCAUUCAGUAAUGUUGUUGUGUUACCACCAUUGUGUAAUGUUGUUGUGUUACCACCAUUCUGUAAAUGUUGUGUUACCACCAUUGUGUAAUGUUGUUGUGUUACCACCAUUGUGUAAUGUUGUUGUGUUACCACCAUUCUGUAAUGUUGUUGUGUUACCACCAUUCAGUAAUGUUGUUGUGUUACCACCAUUCAGUAAUGUUGUUACCACCAUUCUGUAAUGUUGUUGUGUUACCACCAUUGUGUAAUGUUAUUAUGUUACCACCAUUCUGCAAUGUUGUUGUGUUACCACCAUUCUGUAAUGUUGUUGUGUUACCACCAUUCUGUAAUGUUGUUGUGUUAUCACCAUUCUGUAAUGUUGUUGUGUUACCACCAUUCUGUAAUGUUGUUGUGUUACCACCAUUCAGUAAUGUUGUUGUGUUACCACCAUUCUGUAAUGUUGUUGUGUUAUCACCAUUCAGUAAUGUUGUUGUGUUACCACCAUUGAGUAAUGUUGUUGUGUUACCACCAUUCUGUAAUGUUGUUGUGUUACCACCAUUCUGUAAUGUUGUUGUGUUACCACCAUUCUGUAAUGUUGUUGUGUUACCACCAUUCUGUAAUGUUGUUGUGUUACCACCAUUCUGUAAUGUUGUUGUGUUACCACCAUUCUGUAAUGUUGUUGUGUUACCACCAUUCUGUAAUGUUGUUGUGUUACCACCAUUCUGUAAUGUUGUUGUGUUACCACCAUUCUGUAAUGUUGUUGUGUUACCACCAUUCUGUAAUGUUGUUGUGUUACCACCAUUCUGUAAUGUUGUUGUGUUACCACCAUUCUGUAAUGUUGUUGUGUUACCACCAUUCUGUAAUGUUGUUGUGUUACCACCAUUCUGUAAUGUUGUUGUGUUACCACCAUUCUGUAAUGUUGUUGUGUUACCACCAUUCUGUAAUGUUGUUGUGUUACCACCAUUCUGUAAUGUUGUUGUGUUACCACCAUUCUGUAAUGUUGUUGUGUUACCACCAUUCUGUAAUGUUGUUGUGUUACCACCAUUCUGUAAUGUUGUUGUGUUACCACCAUUCUGUAAUGUUGUUGUGUUACCACCAUUCUGUAAUGUUGUUGUGUUACCACCAUUCUGUAAUGUUGUUGUGUUACCACCAUUCUGUAAUGUUGUUGUGUUACCACCAUUCUGUAAUGUUGUUGUGUUACCACCAUUCUGUAAUGUUGUUGUGUUACCACCAUUCUGUAAUGUUGUUGUGUUACCACCAUUCUGUAAUGUUGUUGUGUUACCACCAUUCUGUAAUGUUGUUGUGUUACCACCAUUCUGUAAUGUUGUUGUGUUACCACCAUUCUGUAAUGUUGUUGUGUUACCACCAUUCUGUAAUGUUGUUGUGUUACCACCAUUCUGUAAUGUUGUUGUGUUACCACCAUUCUGUAAUGUUGUUGUGUUACCACCAUUCUGUAAUGUUGUUGUGUUACCACCAUUCUGUAAUGUUGUUGUGUUACCACCAUUCUGUAAUGUUGUUGUGUUACCACCAUUGUGUAAUGUUGUUGUGUUACCACCAUUCUGUAAUGUUGUUGUGUUACCACCAUUGUGUAAUGUUGUUGUGUUACCACCAUUCUGUAAUGUUAUUGUGUUACCACCAUUCUGUAAUGUUGUUGUGUUACCACCAUUCAGUAAUGUUGUUGUGUUACCACCAUUCUGUAAUGUUGUUGUGUUACCACCAUUGUGUAAUGUUGUUGUGUUACCACCAUUGUGUAAUGUUGUUGUGUUACCACCAUUGUGUAAUGUUGUUGUGUUACCAUCAUUCUGUAAUGUUGUUGUGUUACCACCAUUCUGUAAUGUUGUUGUGUUACCACCAUUCUGUAAUGUUGUUGUGUUACCACCAUUGUGUAAUGUUGUUGUGUUACCACCAUUGUGUAAUGUUGUUGUGUUACCACCAUUGUGUAAUGUUGUUGUGUUACCACCAUUCUGUAAUGUUGUUGUGUUACCACCAUUCUGUAAUGUUGUUGUGUUACCACCAUUCUGUAAUGUUGUUGUGUUACCACCAUUGUGUAAUGUUGUUGUGUUACCACCAUUCUGUAAUGUUGUUGUGUUACCACCAUUGUGUAAUGUUGUUGUGUUACCACCAUUGUGUAAUGUUGUUGUGUUACCACCAUUCUGUAAUGUUGUUGUGUUACCGCCAUUCUGUAAUGUUGUUGUGUUACCACCAUUGUGUAAUGUUGUUGUGUUACCACCAUUCUGUAAUGUUGUUGUGUUACCACCAUUGUGUAAUGUUGUUGUGUUACCACCAUUCAGUAAUGUUGUAUUGUUACCACCAUUCAGUAAUGUUGUUGUGUUACCACCAUUCAGUAAUGUUGUUGUGUUACCACCAUUCUGUAAUGUUGUUGUGUUACCACCAUUCUGUAAUGUUGUUGUGUUACCACCAUUGUGUAAUGUUGUUGUGUUACCACCAUUGUGUAAUGUUAUUUUGUUACCACCAUUCUGUAAUGUUGUUUCAUCACCAGGUUUAGAGAAACUUACUUAUCUUUGGGUGGUGGAGCUCCAGCAAGUGAAGUCUUUCGUAUAUUUAGAGGUCGGGACCCAUCAACGGAUGCUUUACAACCUCCAAAGUUUUCUUUAUGAGUCAGUGCAUUUGAAGUUUAAAAAGGUAUUUUAAAAAACAAAAAAAAUGCCAAUUUAAUGGCAAAUAUUUUUUCAGACAGAUUUACUCCACCAUGGAAAACAAGGAUGAGGGUGGUGUGAAAAGAACCUGUGGACAUGGGGUGAAACAAAAGACCCCAGGUUUUACGAUUAAUUGCUUAGCAUCACAAUGCAUAGUUUUUUUUUUUUUUUAAAGUUUGUUAGAGAAAAUGUAUGUGGAUUAACUAAACUUGAAUGGACUAUCAUAGCUAUUGUAUUUCAGGUAUACCAUAUAUAUCACAUAGACCUUGAACUAUUUGGUGUAAACUUUUGUGAUAUUAACAUCUUCACCACAUUUCAUUUGUGUACAUGCCUUGCUUGAUAAUUUGUUAAUGAUCCUUGUAAAAAAAAUCAGCCAAUAUUUUAAAGUCAGAAUCCAUGCUCUUUGGUUGGUCAGGAUUUUUAUAUUUUCUAACUGAUGUGUCGUUGCUUUAAAUACCAUAGCUAAUUUAUGGAAGAAUAAAGAAAAGUUGAAUUAAUUAAGAAUGCUUCAACUUGCCAUCAGGGGAUUUUUGUAUUGAUUUUUCUGAAUCGGUUGCAUGCUGCAGUGCAGACACCAAAAAAUAUUUAAAAAUGUAUUAAAUUUGUGCUUUUAGAAAGUCUAGAUUUAUGGAUAACCCAAAUUUCAAGGAACUGCAUAAAUGAACCUUGAAUAAUUGUGGGAAUUUUUUUUUCAAUUGGGAUGCAGGGGGGACAUAUUUCUCUUGCAAUGUAAGAUUUCUGCAUUCCUGUAGUCUUAGUUUUAAAAGAGAUAUACAUACCAGGUCAUUGAAAUUGCGUGACAUUUAAUAUUUAGAUUAAUGAUGUAAAUUCUAGCCUCUGUGUGUAACAUGUGGAAUGGAAGGAAUAAAAACUAUUAAAACACGUUUCUGUGGAAUUUAACAAGAAAAUAUUGAUGCAUGGAGCAAUGGUUAAAUAACAAAACUGUGCAUUGUAGUAUCAUUAGCUUUGAAUUUUUUGUCAGAAAACACUCACUUAGAUUCUUUUAUGACGGCUUUUUUUUGUGGGUGGUAAUUGUUUAAAGAAAACAUUAAUUUAAUUAGGUUUGAAUCUGUGUAUGUUUAGUGAGUGUCAUUUGACGUGAACUGUGAAGUGAAAUGACUUGUCAUCUUGUCAUGGAUGAAAAGUUACAGUAUGCAAUUUUGUUGUUUUUGAAAUUAUCACAAAUUUUAUUGUAUAACUUUAUUCAUUGUUGAAUUAAAAUGUUUCAUA